UCAAUGCUAGCUAUCAAGUGGCUAAGCACAACAAGCCUUAUUUGUGCUGGAUUUGCUUUAUAACUGCCGAUUUAAAGUACCCGAUAUUUUUUAGAAACACGUAUUCUUUAUUGGUAAAACAAGGCAGGGUUAACAAGACAACUUGUGUUAGCAUUAGCUGGCCUUUAAGCCCCAUGUCAGUUAAUCUACCUUCAGCUUCUCAGCAUGGGGAGAUGUUUACAUCAAGCCUUUCUGCAGAACAACAGAGAGAUCUGGCCACAAGAAUCACCACGUUCCUGUCCAUGUACAGCCACCUGUCCGACUCAUAUAUCAUCGAGUUCUUCACUGAGGAUCUGUGGAGCUCGUUGCCCAGCAGCUGGAGGGCCGUGCUGCGGGACCUGAAGUACCCACAGAUCGCUGACCUGUUGCUGGGUGCUUCACACGCAGACAGGAGAUAUCCCUCGGUGUGGCCUCUGUCUCUGUUGGCGUUUCGAGCCACUGCUCAGGCUCUGGCGUUUCCCAGAGAGAGCAGGGAGAGCGGCGGGGGGGCCGAGGAGUUUCAGAACAACGAGAGUCAGAGCUCUCUGCUGCGACACAUCUUCAGGAAACACGUCAAACCCAAGAAACAGCACGAGAUCCGCAAGCUGGGCGCGCUGGUGAAAGAACUGUGUGACCAGACUGACUGCAGCAGUGUGGUGGAUGUGGGCUCAGGACAGGGUCACCUGACGCGUUUCCUGUCCUUCGGGCUCGGACUCUCUGUGACCGCCAUCGAGGCGGAUCGCGUGCUGCUCGCCAUGGCAACCAAGUUUGACGGAGAGCUGAUGGGGGUCUUAGAAAAAGAGAGGGAGAAGCAGAAAGAGAGCGGCUCCUCUCUGCUCCCAGUAUCUCAGCCUCGACAUGUGGCCGGGUGGGUAAACCCCAAGGCAUCAUGGGAGUCCUUCAUCGAACAGCUGAGCGGUGCAGAAGGACCCCAAACUCCAUCUGGACCCUGUAAAAAGAGACAGAGAGGCUCCGAAGAAGAUACUUUAUCAACGUCACGUCACCAGCUCAGCGGAAAGGAUUCUGAAGACGAGGCCUCCAGGUGCUCGUGUGUCCAGGAGGGGGUUCGACCUCCUGAGGAAAUGCUCCGUCCAGACUUCGUCCUCACGGGGCUCCACGCCUGCGGAGACCUCAGCUCCACCCUCCUCCGGCACUUCAUCAGCUGCCCACAUGUGCGCGGCAUCACCUCAGUGGCCUGCUGCUACAUGAAGAUCUCCACCAGGGAGCAUCCGUCCCCCCCGGGUCUGAUAGCGGCUCCUCACCCCGCAGACGAAAGGCUCCAGGAGACGAUGCUGCAACCCUCAGAGUUCGGAUACCCCAUGAGCUCCUGGGUGGGGGGUCUGCCUGGACACCAGCUGUCCUACAAGGCCCGGGAGGCGGCGUGUCACGCGCUGGAGGACUACCGGCGGAGGCUUUGGGAGGAAAGCCAGCUGCUGAGGACGCACUGUUACAGAGCGACGCUGGAGACCAUCAUCAGGGAGCAGAGGCCCGAGCUGUGCAGAGCGGGGGUCCAGACCGUGAAGAAAGCCCACCUGUUGACGUUUACUGAGUACGCCCGUCUGGGCCUGGCGCGGGUCGGCCUGCCCCCCGACCUGCCUCUGGACGGGGGGCGGGUGGAGGCCAUGUUGGAGCAGCAGGGCCGGGUGGUGGUGUUCUUCAGCCUCGCCCUGCUGCUGGCUCCGGUGGUGGAGACGCUGGUGCUGCUGGACCGCAUCAUCUACCUGCAGGAGAACGGUGUGGACAGUCGGCUGGUUCCUCUCUUCGACCCAAACCUUUCUCCCAGAAACUUUGUGCUGGUGGCUCUGAAGGCUCGAGGACAUGGAGGAGCAAAAAGGAAAUCCUAACAAACUGUAUACGUUUCUCUUUGUUGGGAAAAGUCACGCUUACUUUCUGAGAAUGAACUCAAGAUUACAAAAAAGUCUAGUUCUCUUUUAAACACAAACCCAAAGUCUUACUGUUUUUAUAUUUUAGCCUCUGUUUUUCCAAUUAAACUGGCCCUGUUAUGCA